CAGAUAAGGGACGUUACCCCUUUUCAAAGAUCUUAAAAUUAUUCAUCAAAUUCAAUAUAUACCACCUUCAAACACAGAUGCUACAUCGUGAACUCCGUAUUAAAUCAAAAUAAAAAACCAAGACUUUCUAUUGCUGCCUCCUACCAAAGAUCGGCAGCAACAAAAUGGCGAUCACCAUUCCUGAAGUUGUUUUAAUCUCUAGCACUAGCAGCAGCACUCACAGAAUGCCUCUGCUGGGCAUGGGCACAGCAGCUUCCCCUCCAUUGCCAUCAGAACAAAUUAAAACAGCCAUUCUUCAAGCAAUUGAGGUUGGUUACAGACACUUUGAUACAGCCUCACUCUACUUAACAGAAGAGCCACUGGGUCAAGCCAUUGCUGAAGCGCUCUCUAUUGGCCUAAUUAAAUCAAGAGAUGAGCUGUUCAUCACCUCAAAGCUUUGGUGCAGUGACGCUCAUAGCAAUCUUGUUCUUCCCGCCCUUCAAAAGACUCUCCAGACUCUUCAGUUGGAGUACAUCGAUCUUUAUCUGAUUCAUUGGCCUGUUAGCUCGAGACCAGGGAUCUAUGAGUUCCCAAUAAAGGAGGAAGAUUUUCUACCUAUGGAUUUUGAAGGUGUAUGGACAGCUAUGGAAGAAUGUCAGAAACUUGGACUUACUAAAUCAAUUGGUGUCAGUAAUUUCUCAUGUAAAAAGCUUUCAGACAUUCUUGCAGUUGCAAAGAUCCCUCCUGCUGUUAAUCAAGUUGAGAUAAACCCACUCUGGAAUCAAAAGAAGCUGAUGGAAUUUUGCAAGGCCAAAGGAAUCAUCUUGGCAGCAUAUGCACCUUUAGGAGCAAAAGGUACCAUCUGGGGUAGCAACAGGGUUCUGGAGAAUGAUGUGCUUAAUGAGAUUGCAAAUGGCAAAGGAAAGAGUGUUGCUCAGAUCUGCCUUAGGUGGGCACUUGAGCAGGGGAUCUGUGUGGCGGUGAAGAGUUUCAACAGGGAAAGGAUGAAACAGAACCUUGACAUAUUCAACUGGGCACUGAGCGACGAAGAAUCCAAGAAGAUCAGUGAGAUACCCCAGAACAGAGGGUGUCGUGGAGAAGAUUACAUAUCAAACAAGGGGCCUAUCAGGACCGUGGAAGAGCUAUGGGAUGAUGAACUUUGAUUUCAGUAUAAAUUAAAGUAGAAUAAUGAAUAAUGAAUAAUGUCACUGGUGUCCUCUUCGUCACUUGUUUCUAUCAUCAUUAUCAGAAUUCUAUUCAACUUUUUCCAACAAGUUCUAAGA